GUGAAAAUGAUAACCUUGUUAAAUGUUCAAAUGAUAACGUUGUUGACAUUUCAAAUGAUAAUCUUGGUAAGUUGUCAAAUGAUAACCUUGGUGAGUUGUCAAAUGAUAACCUUGUUGACUUGUCAAAUGAUAAUCUUGGUGACUUGUCAAAUGAUAACCUUGGUGACUGUUCAAAUGAUAACAAUGAUAACCUUGGUGACUUGUCAAAUGAUAACCUAUCAAAUCAUAAUCUUGGUGACUAUUCAAAUCAUAAGCUUGGUGACUAUUCAAAUCAUAAUAUUAGUGACUAUUCAAAUCAUAAUAUUAGUGACUGUUCAAAUGAAGUCUUUAGUGACUCAUGCACUGUCCACUAGAUAUUGUUGGUGA